AUGCGAAUGUUUAGACAAACAAACGUUGCGGAGAAAAAUGGCAAACCGUUGGUAACACCGGACAUGGACGGUCGUUUCUACCAAACGGUUACCGCCGUACCGGCGAUCGUUCUCGAAGAGAGCCCCAAAUCGGCCGAAGUCAAAAGAAAGUUGAUCACUUGGGGCAGAAAAAUGGGCAAGCGGCUGGAAGGGCUGCGGAGGAGCGAGUCCCGAGAUUCUCUGGACAGCCUAUCAUCCAGGGACAGCUCAACCAAACAUCAGCCCGCCGUGUGGCCGCUAGGGCAGCCGUCGUCCGGCGACAAAUCGUCAUCAUCCACCCUGAAGGGCUUUUUCACGCGUAUCGGGUCCACCGGCAUGCUGAGCUACUCGCGGCUGUACAGCAACAGCUUCCGGGACAAGCUGCAGCACGCCAAAUCCAGGAAGCACGCCGAGUGCCAGCUGUACCGGAGCGUGUCCACGUCCCACCUGGCCACAUCGUACAUGAAGGGCGAUGACCCUGCCGACUGUCUGGAUCGCGGAGAGCCCCGAACCGCCGCCGACCGUGGUGCCGAGAUCGAGUCGCCCACCGAGCCAGGUUACGUGCCGCUGAAGACCAGGAGCUGCGACAAUAUAUCCAAGCUAGGCACCGCCAAGAAGCCAAACUUCCCAUACGCGUUCCUUAGGUCCAGGCUGUCAGUGCUCCCCGAAGAGAACGGCGGUGGUGCAGGGGGCGGCAGCAACGCCGUCGGCGGCCACCCGGCGGCCCGAUCGGCUGGUCGACAGCGGAACAGCACGGCAGGGUCGGCGCACGAAAUAGUGGUCACCGAGGAGCUGUUUAGGGAGAUGGACAGCGACAGGGAAUACCGGCGCGUGUUCAGCAACAUGAGUUCGUCCAACGAGUCGGGAUACGAUAGUGACGGUCCCGGCAGAACGCCUGACACGUACCACCACCACCAUCAUCACCAUCACCAUCACCAAAAGGCAGCCGACGAGGACAGCGGGUUCGGGGACACCAAGUCGCUGGCCACGGACAGUCUUAACGAGUUUGAGGAACACUCGGAGCCGCCGUCCAGGCGCCACAGCGACAAGGACUACAACGUGCCAUCCAUGUGUCUGUUCUACAAGAAAAAUCGUGAGAUCAAUGAUCGCAUAAGAUCGGACAGACAGUCGUCGAAGGACACGCCCAACUUCCACCGUCGGAUGUUCAUCAAGAACCGUUCGUCGCCGCCCAGCAGCACCGCCGCCGCCGACCACCUGUCAUCGUUGCCGGCCGAUCUUAACAACCUGCGAUCCCGUAUGCAAAUGGUCCGAUUGCUUAAGUCGCGGUACGAGGACGACAUCGGCAUUUACUUGAAAAUGGUCGUCAAACACGUAGCGAAUUACAACGAGACCAGGUUCGUCGUGAUGAAGCUAGAACCGGGAAAGAUAGCGUACAGAGACGGAAGGAUUAGAGUCAGCGACGAGAUAAUCAACGUCAACGGCAAAUUGUUGCGCGGUAUCACUGACAUGUACGAGGUAGAGAAAAUACUGAAUCACAGUUUUUCCAUAGCCAACAAGUAUUACGUGGACAUAGUACUGUCCAGGUCCGAAUCGCCAGACUCAGCUGUGAUGCCCUUUGACCAGGGUCACGGUGCCGCCGAAUCGUCCAAACAAAACGCGAUCUCCGUCAUCAAUCGAGUGCUGGCCAACAAAAUGAACAGUCACUCGGCAAAAUCCCCGACUCCGAGCAUGAGUACCGUAUACAUGGUUGUAACCUUCUACAAGGGUACUGGUCAUAAAUCGUUGGGAUUCAGCAUUGUGGGCGGGUCCGAUUCGCCGAAAGGCGAGAUGGGAAUAUUUGUUAAGACCAUAUUCACAAGUGGCCAGGCCGCGGAAAACGGGUCAUUGAUGGAAGGUGACGAGAUACUUUGUGGCCCGUUGGAGAUAAAAGUAUGCCGGAGAGAAAAUAAUUCCAUCAGCCUGUGCCCUAACGGCAAUCGCAGUUUCAACAACGGCAUGAUAACGGUGGCGACGACGACGAACACUACUCAAACCUUUUGA